AUGCUGGCGCUGCUGACGGUGCGCGGCUGCCACGUGUCCGUGCUGCGGGCCGUGGUCACCGGCGUGCCGGAGGUGGACGAGCUGGGCACAGUGACGGGCGCAACGAUCAUCUCGCGCCACGUGGAGCCGCUGCUCACGUACCUGCGCGGCCGGCUGGAGACGGCCGGCGCCGGCCGACUGACAGCCGCUGAGUUGGCCGUGCUCGCCGCCGCCGGCUGCCUGCACGCCAUCGGCGAGCGCGACCCGGCCGUCCGGCCGCACGCCGCCAUCGUGGACGAGCUGAACGCGAUGGCGGCGCGCCAGGUGGACGAGCCCGACUUCGACCGCCGGCUGGUGGUGUACGGCCAGGUGAACGAGCGGCUGCGCCACGCCGAGCGGCUCGAGGACGACCUGCUGCGGCUGGUGGUGCACAACUGCCUCUGGUCCGUCGAGCACGAGUCGGACCUGGCACUGCGGGACAGCUCCACCUUCUGCCUGCAGGAGGUGGCGCGCACGGUCGGCCGCCUCUUCACCGCCGGCCCGUCGGCGGCCGCCUCGUUCCUCUCCUCGUGCCUGCUGCCGGCACUGCGUCUGCGCCUGCGCAGUCGCUCGGACGAGCUCCGGCACGAGACGGUGGCCGUGCUGCAGGUGGCCGUGCUCGCCUGCGGGCCGCACGUGCCGAAGCUGGCCGAGCUGGCGCAGCUCGGCGACCCGGCUGAUGCCGAGCGCGACUUCUUCGAGAACAUCCGCCACAUCCAGGUGCACCGGCGCACGCGUGCGCUCAAAAGGGUGGUGGAGGGCCUGGCGGACGGAUCGCUGGUCAUCCGCGCCGACGUCAUCACCAACUACGUGCUGCCGCUGGCCAACGUCUACCUGUUCAACGACAAGUACGCCAAGUACACGGCGCUCACCGACGCGGCUGUCAGGCUGAUCGGCCUGGUAGCCUGCCGCAUGUCGUGGCACCAGUAUCAGACGUUCCUACGCCACUAUCUGGCGCUGCUGCCCACCUGCCCGCGCCAGCGCGACGCCGUCAAGGUGCUGGUGGCCGUGCUGGACGCCUUCCACUUCGACCUGUCGCUGGUGACGCCCGACGUCACCAUGAGCAUCAUCAGCGCAGCGCGCUCCGACCAGCGCGGCUGGCGCACGCACCUGCACGCCGGCCUGGUGCGCCGCGCGCGCGGCGACGAGCAGCACGCGCUCAACCGCACCCUGCAGCCGGACGAGGAGCGCGCCCAGCGCCUGCCGCUGGCGCUGGCCAUGAUCAAGCUGCUGCAGAAGCUGCCGCCCGGCAUACUGGAGGCCAACGUCGCCAGGAUACUGGGGGUGGUUCGGGCUGACUACGACCGCCGCCUGGGCUGGUGA